AUAAAAUAAAACAAUAAUAUGAAAAAAUAUGCCCUCAUCCAUGGGUAGAGUGUGGCAUAAAAUCCAAUUCCAGGCACUCAAAACAAAAAAGCCUUUAUAAUAAUAAAUAAUAACACAUACUAAUACAUUAAGAACACACAGGAAAUCCAUUUUUUCCAAAAAUGAACCUCCACGGCCUUGUUUUUUCACAUAUCUACUGUAACUGCUCUGUUUUCAGUUUUAUUUAAGGUUUUUCAGAAUAUUUACAUGCGUUGUAUCAAACAUCACCCAGACCACCCAAAAACAGGAAACAAAUCAAACAUACAAGCCAAAAAUAAAUGAAAAGACAGCCUUGAAAUAUUCAUAUUUUUUACAGAAUAAGGAGAGAUACAGUCCUUUCUGCAUUUUGAGUCCAUGUCAACUCGUUCAUUUGAACUCAACAAAAGAGACUUUUCUACCAUGUGACUUUUAGAUGAGUAUUUGGCAUUUUAUGGAGGAAAAAUGACUAUUUGUCUUUGAUAAUCUGAUAUUUGUCUUUAAUAUUAUUCUCCAGUGGUGGUAUCCAGAUUCUUCAGUAAAAAUAGUAAAACCACAAUGUAAAAAUCAGUCACAAAUAAAAAUCUUUUAUUCAAAAUUUUACUUUAGUAAUAUCAGGAAAAUGUACAGUGUAAACUUUAAGAAUUUGAUGUAAAUGUACUCAAUAGUCAGUGUGUUAUAUUAUUAUGUGUAAUAAAUUAUUGAUGCAACAUGUAAGUAGCAUUUUCAUGUUGUAGCUCUGUAGGUGGACCUGAUUUGAACUUCUAUAUAUCCUGUUGGAUAUUACUGAAGAUCACAUUUUAUAAGAUAAUCAUGUUCUGUGUGUAAAAUAUUAAGCUUGUGUGGUCUGUGAAGAAUAGCUGUCAAUUAAAUGUAGUGGAGAAGUGGAAACUCAUAUAAAGUACAAUAAGUGUUGGUGUAUGCAUACUGAACUUGAGUACUUUUCACCUGUAGAAAUAUUCAUAAUUAGACCUAAACAUUGUGCUACUUACUGCUGCUACUUAAUGAUGGGUGGGAUGGUGCAGUAAUAGUGUUUGAAAUAUCACCAGCAGGCAGCAGUGAACUGGACUUUGCUUUUGUUUUAUGGCUUUGAGCAGCUGACGCCCAGUGCUCAUUUUGUUCGCUCAGUGUCCAACGUGCAUCUGACAGGAGAGAGAGAGGGGGAAAAGUGACAGAAAGUGACAGAUUUGUUUCCUCCUUUUCUGUUCUUUUCACGUCGGCAGGGGUAGGAGAUGUCUAGGUACCACAAAGCGGCGAUUGAUGGUUACUUGGACCUCUUAAAGGAGGCCACAAGGAAAGACCUGAACACUCCGGACGAGGAUGGCAUGACUCCCACAUUACUAGCUGCUUUCCAUGGACAUGUCGAUGCUCUUCAGCUCAUAUGCAGCAGAGGAGGAGACCCCAACAGGAGUGACAUCUGGGGGAACACACCGUUGCACCACGCUGCAGCUAAUGGCCACAUGCACAUCCUCAGCUUUCUGGUCAGCUUCGACGCCAACCUUUUCGCACUGGACAACGAAUUCCACACGGCUAUGGACGUUGCUGCUUCACGUGACCGCAUGGAGUGUGUGCGCUUCCUGGAUGCUGCCGCCUCACAGCAGACCAACCAAAACCCCAAGAAGGUUGCCAGCCUGAAGAAGGAGGCCACCAAAGAGGCGGAGAAACGUGUCAAACACUGUGAGAAGGUGAAGAAGAAACACCAGAACAAGAUGGAUAAGAUGUACCGUGGAGCAGGCAAUACUGGGUCUGUGUCAGAGGCCAGCAUUGGGUCUGCAUUCUCAAGCGGUGGCACCAUGACAAGCGUCAAUGAGCAGUUCUCCAAGCUUAUUGCAGCUGACAAAUCUGGCUCCCUUUCGACCAGGGUUAAAGGUACACUCCAGAGGAAGCUUGGGAAGAAAGAUAAAGGCACACUGCAGCGAUCAGGAGGAGAUGGGAACGUUAUUUUCCUCAAGCAGGAGAAUGGAGCGUCUGAGAAGCCAGAGUUUUUGGGCGUCUUCAGUGAGCAGGAUGAGAACAUGUUGGAUGAGGAUGGAACAGCAGGAUUCGAAGAUGAUUAUGAUGAUGAUGAAGAACAAGGCCAAGUCAAACAGUCCAUCUUCAACCGGCCUGGUCUCGGAGGUCUGAUUUUCAUGAAACCGAUGGCGCUGGAGUCAGACGACAUGCCAAGCGGGAACAAUGAAAGUCUCGGCUUCCUCGUUCAGAACAACUUGUUCGAGGCAGAGGAAGACGUUGCUGGCUUUGAGGGGAACGUUGACGCUGACUUACCCUGGGAGCAGGAAGAUCUGGGAUUGGAUGAUGAUGAAGAUGAGGACACGUCUCCUUUGGAUGCGUUCUUGUCUGCCAUCUCCUUGCCAGAAUUUUCCCUUGCAUUCAACAGAGAGCACCUGGACCUGGAGGCACUCAUGCUUUGCUCUGAUGAAGAUCUGAAAGGCAUUCGCAUCCAGCUGGGACCCAGGAAGAAGAUCCUGGAGGCCGUCAACCGCAGAAAGAAUGCACUGGAGACUCCAGGCAUCAUGAAGGACAGUUGCCUGUGAUCUGAUGAGAAGAUUAUCAGCGAUUUAUAAUCCUGUUUGACACUUCAGAUGAAUCUGUAUCUAUUGGAAAGAGCUUCAACAGUUUGAUUUCCUGUAUAAAACAAAGAUGAUUCAGCACUAUUUCAGCUCCCUCUUUAAAAUGAUCAACUUAGCUUCAUGGAUAUGGAAUAACAGUUUGCAAAGCUCUGUUUUUGCACUAUUAUCCAUUUUAUAGCCACUAACAAACAGCAUGACAGGAACUACUGUAGCAACCUACGUUCUACAUGUCAGGUUCAAACAGGAACAAAAAUGCCUGUGACAACUUAAAAAUAUAAGAAUAUUAUUAUUUAGAGAAAAUAAAAAGAAUGGACACAUAGCCAGCUCCUUGAUUUUAAAUCCACAUCACUGUGUAGACAAACAUGUUGUUUUUGAAUAGAAAUUGUAAUUUGUUUCUCCCCAUAGAGGAGAUAACAGGGCCAGUGGCUGAUUUGGUUGUGCUGUUUAUUUAUAAUUAUUUGACUGUUGACAACAUAAUUGUCAAAUAAAUAAGGCAUGUAUGCAAAAUAAUGUUUCCUAUGUGAUAUUCUUUAAAGCAAAGAUGUGUGUAUGUACUAUUGACAGAGUCUCAUUCCCACUUGGGGAGAAAAAGCUGGUCUUCACAACAUAAACCACAACAUUUAAGAGAUCAGUACAGUG